AAAAUUGACAGUGUAAACUGAACUGUCAACACAAGAAAAAACAUCUGUGUUGAUGUAUUGUUUUAAAAAUAAUUAAUAAACACAAAAAAUUGUAAUCAUAAAAUAAAUUUAAUUAAAAAUGUCACAAUCAGAUUUGGAUCCUGAUUUUAUUCAAGGACUUAGAUUACUUCAUUCAUCAAAUAAAGAUACAUUGGAACAAUUGAGAGCUCUUCUUGAUGAUAAAAUUAAACAAAAAAUUGGAGCAUCUAAAAUGCUAUCAAAUGUCCUACAAAAAAAGUACACAAUGGAAGAGCCAGUAUUGAGUGAUCAUAGUAGUUGCAGUAGUAAAAAAAGUAAAAGUUCAAUAUCAUCAAAACAUUCAGAUAAAUCAAGUAAAAGUAAUUCACCAGAUGAAAUUGUUGACAUGAUUGCAAUUGAUGAUCCACUUGCUGAAAUUUUAGAGGAUGAUUUAACAUGUGUAGUUUGUAAAGGAAUGGAUGUUGGUGCAAGAAAUAGACUUGUUGAGUGUGGUGAUUGUCAUUCACUUUAUCAUCAAGAAUGUCAUACACCAACAAUACAAGAUACACAAAUUGAUGUUCCUAAAUUAAUUUGGUAUUGUUCAAAUUGCAUCAAAGCACAUCAGCCACCAAAAGAUAAAGGCUCACCAAAACCACAAGCUGAUAGUAAAAAAGAUAUUAAAAAAUCAAGCUCCAAACAUUCUGAUAAACAUAAAAGUUCUUCAAGUCAUUCAAACACAAGUGAUUCAUCAAUAUCAACAUCACAAAAAGUAACACCAACUAUCAAUAUCAUUGGUGGUAGAUCAAAAGAAUCAUCAUCAUCUUCCUCAUCAUCAACAAGAUCUAAAACAAAAGACAAACGUACGACAAGUAAUUCAUCAAAAUACUCAUCGUCAUCAAAAAAUUCAAGUGAUAAGUCCAGUCAUAAAUCAAAAGCAAAUACUUCAGAUUAAUCAAGUUAAAAUAUCAAAUCUUUUUUCUUUUAAUAUCAAUAAUUAA